AUGCAGCUGGACAAUUCCAAGAACGUGUUGGCUUCCCUUCAGGCUCUCCGUGAGGCUACUGAAUCCGCACUAGCGAACAAUACAGUCAGGUUGGCUAAAGGUGACUCCAAGAAACAAGGCAAGAUAUCUGUUUAUGCCUUCUUCAAGCAGACAUGCAGGGAAGAACAUAAGAAGAAAAACCCAGAGGUUCCAGUCAAUUUUGCAGAGUUUUCCAAGAAAUGCUCUGAGAGGUGGAAGACCAUGUCUAGCAAAGAGAAAUCAAAGUUUGAUGAAAUGGUAAAGGCAGAUAAAGUAAGCUAUGAUCGGGAGAUGAAAGAUUAUGGACCAACUAAAGGAGGCAAGAAGAAAAAGGACCCAAAUGCCCCCAAAAGACCCCCAUCUCGAUUUUUCUUAUUCUGCUUCAAAUUCCACCCCAAGAUCAAAUCCACAAACUCCGGCAUCUUCAUUGGAGAUGUGGAAAAAAAUAAUCUGGGUGAGAUGUGGAAUAACUUAAGUGACAAUGAAAAGCAGCCUUACGUUAUCAAGGCAGCAAAGCUGAAGAAGUAUGAGAAGAAUGUUCCUGAGCAUCAGUCUAAAGGGAAGUUUGAUGAUGCCAAGGGUCCUGCUAAAGUUGCCCGGAAAAAGGUGGAAGAGGAGGAGAGAAGGGAAGGGGGAGGGGAAGGGGAAUUCUCCAGACCAGAGGCCCAAAGGAAGCGAAUCUCGGGCGCCUGCCAGCUCCGCCACCAGAAGCUGGGAAAAGUCCCCUCCCCUCCGUCCUCCAGCUCGUCUCCGACUCCGCCCAGGGGCCAGCCUGCCAGGCCCCGCCUACGUACGGCCCCGCCUCACUUCCCUCCUCCCCGUCGCGACCCGGCCAGCCCCGCCCUGGCUGGCGCCUGCGUGCGCGUGCGCGAGGCCCAGCUCGCUCCCUUCCGAACGCCCGCGCCGCGCAUGCGCACUGAGCGCCGGCGGUCUCCGCAUUCGCCUCCGCGACUCGCCCUUUUCCCAGCUCGGACCGCGGCCCCUCCCAGAAGUUCCCGCAUCAUCAGCCGCACGGCCCCUACGGUCGUCUUCCUCGCCGGCCCACUGCAGCCGGUCUUCCCCUGA